CGGAAGUCGGGAGGAGCCACGCUGGCUUGGACGCUGAGUGCUCUGUCUGGCUGACUCUAGGCUCCGUGCUGUCCUGGGUCUGGUCCGGUCGGUGUCCCUGCUGUACCCCGGGAGCCCGGAGCGUUCGCCCGCCGGAGCGUUCUUCUCUGGUCUUCCCGCGGCCCUCUGAAGCCUCUCCGUCCGCUCUAGGCCUCGGGUCCUCAUCUCCAUCCCUGGUGUUCGGUGACUCCCGGCACUCUGAGCUCUGGCGCUGGACAGCUUGUCGCCCGUGGUCCCGGGCUCAGGUCCCCAUUCCCUGCGCUGGGGGUGGGGGCGCGGUCGGACUCAACCCUGCUUCGCCACGGAGUGUCUCCAUAAUGGCUUCCCCUUAGGUAGAGGGCAAGCAGCCUAGGCCUGGGGGUCUGGAGAGGAUGGUGAACCCCUGGCGUUUGUCUGUCAGGGUCUGCUUGUCACACUUGAGAUGCUUUGAGUUCAGAAGGGAACUUGGGCUUUCCAGAUCCCUGGGAUGCUCUCGAAAUGCCAGAUUAUGUUGGUUUCUGCUAGGUGCUUUACCCAAAUUCAUCUCAGCCCAGGGCAGUGUUGGAGAGGCGGCGCCUGGCAGCUUGUGCCAGCGAAAGACUCACUGGAGUAACCUGCCUGAAAAUGGACUAGUGAAGGUGGCCCAAGAAGGGCCUCUGGCCCGCAUAUUACUGUGUCUCUGCCUAGGGCUCCGCGCUGGUGUGCUCUUGGUGAAAUUCCUCCCCCUCCUCUUCUUGUACCCUCUCACCUACCUGGCCCCUGGCUUCUCCACCCUCUGGCUCCAUCUGCUUUUCAAAGCUACAGAGACCUCAGGCCCAACGUACAUCAAAUUGGGCCAAUGGGCCAGCACCCGGCGUGAUCUCUUUUCAGAGGCUUUCUGUGUCCGGUUCUCCAAGCUGCAUGUGCAGGUGACCCCCCACCCUUGGGCAAGGACGGAAUACUUACUCCAGCAGGCAUUUGGGGAGGAUUGGCACAGCCUCCUCUUUUUCGAGACCCAGGAACCUGUGGGUUCAGGUUGUGUGGCCCAAGUGUACAAAGCAUUCGCAAAUAUUUCAUUGCUGGAGAAGGGCAGAAUCUGGAGACUUGGGGAGCUCUCUGUCCCAGGAACUGGGACAGUCGGGACGCAGAGAGACCCCUUUAUGAAAGACUGGAGGCCUUCAGAAAACCUUGCCGACGAAACAUUUAUAGAAAAGCUGCUUCUUCCUAAAGCUGACCUUGUUAGGUCAGAAGUGGGUGUGUCUCAGGCUCCUGGCCAACCACCCAAGUCAGAUCACCUCAUCCCAGUGGCAGUGAAAGUGUUACACCCAGGCUUGCUCUCUCAGGUGUACAUAGAUUUACUGCUGAUGAAGAUUGGAAGCCAAGCCCUGGGGCUCAUACCAGGAGUCAAAUGGCUUAGCCUGCCUGAGAUCGUGGAGGAGUUUGAGAAGCUCAUGGUCCAACAGACAGACCUGCGCUAUGAAGCUCAGAAUCUAGAGCACUUUCAGCACAACUUCCAGAACAUGGCAUCUGUGAAAUUCCCCACCCCGCUGCACCCCCUUAUCACUAGGGAUAUACUGGUGGAAACAUACGAAGAGAGUGUCCCGGUGUCCAGCUACCAGCAGGCAGGCGUUCCCACCGACCUGAAGAGGAAGAUUGCACAGCUGGGGAUUAACAUGCUUUUCAAAAUGAUAUUUUUGGAUAACUUUGUGCAUGGAGACCUACACCCUGGAAACAUCCUGGUCCAGGGUGCUGAUGGAGUGUCCUCAAGCCUGGAGAUGCAGCAGCAGCAGGUGAAUGUCUAUGACACACUGGCGGCUACCAUAGCACCUGCCCUGUGCCCACUGCGCCUGGUGUUGUUGGAUGCCGGCAUUGUGGCAAAGUUGCAGGCUUCUGACCUGAGGAAUUUCCGGGCAGUUUUCCUGGCUGUAGCGAUGGGACAGGGCCACAGAGUGGCUGAGCUCAUGCUGCAUCAUGCCCAGGCCAAUGAGUGCAAGGAUGUGGAAAAGUUCAAGGCUGAGAUGGCUACACUGGUGACCCAGGCCAGGAAGAACACCCUCACACUGGAAAAGCUUCAUGUUUCCAGCCUCCUGUCCAGUGUCUUUAAGCUACUGAUGACCCAUAAGGUGAAGCUGGAGAGCAACUUCGCCUCCAUUGUGGUUGCCAUCAUGGUGCUGGAGGGGCUCGGCCGCUCACUGGACCCCAAGUUGGACAUCCUGGAGGCAGCAAAACCCUUCCUCCUCAAAGGGCCAGCAUCCUUCCUGUGACUGUGGCAGUGGACACACAGUAAAGGCAGAUCCCGAGGGUCUGUCCUUUGGCAGCUGAGACGUCUAAAAUUGGGAUGUGUGGCAGAAUCAGCACCACGUUCCCAGCGACCUAGCCUCAGGGCCUGCUUAAAAAACUUUGGGUUCUUUUAGGGUAAAGGGAGGGAAACGGAAACUGGUGCCAGGGACACUAUUUCAGGAAAGAAGACAAAAUACAUUUACUUAUUUUGUUUUUCUGUUUUCUUCUCCUUAA